AUUGUGCUACAUUUCAUGACUUUAAAGUCAAACGUAUGAACAUCUUAGUAUGGUUAAAGUUUCUCAAGGAAAAUAACCCAUUUUAUAAAAACAUUGAAAUCGACCAGGAUAUGUUACAAACUCUUCCAGAAAAUGGUUCUGUAUUUAAGAGACUACGUACUAUACAUGACGAUAAUUCAUUAACUAAAGACAUAGUUAAUUUAAGCAAUGGUCACGAUAAUGUUGACAUAUCUGAUGAUCAUAUUACGUAUUCUUUUGUUCCUAAUCCUAUAUCUAAAGAAACCGAAGAG